CACUCCGCCUUGCAGGCAGUCGCUUGGGGCGGGGUGUGGGGGCAAGAGGCGACCGCAGUGGGGCGAUCCCGUCGCCCCGCCGCAUUCGCUGUUGUCGUCGUCAUCGUCUUCGCCCUCGGCUUCGUCUUCCUCGUCGCCAUCGUCGUCGCCAUCCCCCGCGAAGGAGGACGACCGAUGGAACGGGCGGAGGUGGAACAAGGAGCGCGAUCAGAACCAGGAUGAGGCGACGAACUUGUGGAAGAACUGGAAGCCGGCCGAGGACCCCCGCUCGCACAAGGACGAGGACGCGAAGGGCGAGGGCGGUGGCCGCCGGAGCCGCGACGACGAGGAUGGCGACGGGCAGAACGCGUGGUGCAACUGGCGCCCGCAGGCGCAGGACCGGGCCCCCGCGCAGCAGGCAUCCGCCCGCGCGGCUCCAGAGGUCAAGGAGGCCGCCAGGGCUGCGCCAGCGCCACAGCCACCGCCAGUGUCGCAGGACCAGAAGGUGGAGUGGCCCGCCGAGCCCAGUGACGCGGAGCCAGACGCGGAUGCCAACGCCGAGGACCAGGCCGGCGCCGCUGCCGAGGGCGGCCGCGUCGGCGACGGCGGCGACAGCGCUGGUUCUACGCCAGACCCGUCGAGGGAGCCGGAGCUCGCGGCAGCGGUGGUGGCGUCGGGCUACCGCAAAGCUGGCGACGCUUUGCCGGGGGAGCCGACCAUGGAAGAGAGGCCCUUGGAGUUGCUGCGGCACGUUGGCGGCCCUGCCAGCGAGGAUUUGUGGCAGGACGUGAUCGCCGACGAGCACCUGCGCUGCUGGCUCUCCUGGAGGCCCGGGGGCGACGCCGUCACCGAGGAGGACCUGCGCGAGAUCGUGGACAACGCCCCGUGGACGGACAUCGCCGACAAGGACGGGCGCGUCCACAAGGCCUGCUGGAUGGUCCGCGAGGGCUGCAGCUGCCCUUUCCGGUACGGGAAGGACGUCCUCAGCCCGGACACGAUCCCACCAUGGA